GCGGUGAAAUCAGUUCGUUCAAAGGACAGACUGUGCUAUCGAGCUUUCUAUCGUGAAGCAGCAAUGCUGGUUGCUUUGGACGAAAACGGCAAAGAACACAACCCUGAUGGGCAUCCCAACAUUAUCAAGCUGUUUGGUGUCAUCACCAAGUCCACACCAAAGUGUAUUCUCUUGGAAUAUGCUGCCAAAGGUGAUCUCCUGCAACUUUUGAAACAGCAGACUGGAAAUAACGUUGCUUGUCUACUGGGUAGCUUUCUCCGUUACGCAGUCCACAUAUCACGUGCCUUGAAGGAGCUCCGACGUCUGCGCAUCGCUCACGGUGACGUGGCCGCUCGAAACGUCCUCAUCAGUGGAGACGACGUCGCCAAGCUGUCUGACUUCGGUCUGGCCCAUGACGUGUACACCACAACCACGUACAUCUCCUCAUGUAAGAACGACGCGGAGGAACUCCUCCCUCUGAAGUGGAUGGCUCUGGAGUCGCUGGAGACUCGCAAGUUCACGUGCGAGAGCGACACGUGGUCGUUCGGCGUGCUGCUGUGGGAGAUCGCCGCGUUCGGGGAGGAACCCGACUAUCAGCACGAGAUCCAGCUUUGUCCCAGGUUGGUCGGGAUCCUGAGACAAGGAUAUCGUCUGCAGAAACCACCCGGAUGUCCGGACAGGCUGUAUGACGUCAUGAAGUCGUGUUGGCAGGAGGACCCGUCAGCCAGACCAGAGCCGGUAGAACUUGAGAAGAAGCUGACAGACUGUCGUGAAGAAAUAGAUCCCCUGUUCAUCCUCGAGAAGGUGACCACACUUUAGAAAUCUAACCAUCUUUAAGGAAACUAAAAAAAGGAAUGUGACAGUCCAUAUUUUAUAAAACUUUUCGCUCGUCUCGUUUGAAUUAGGUGUACACUAUUCUUCUAGACCACCGUACCCACGAAAGCCGAUUAUGAAACGUUUACUAUAGAAACUAUCUUAAAUUCCUUGUAUUUUUGUUAAAUUAUAAAGAUAGUAUCUUUGGUCAAGACUAUUAGAUAUUCUUGUGGAAAAGUUGUCAGUGAUAUAGUCUAGUUAUUGUUCGAUAGGUUUUUAUAUCUACUGCCAUGUGCUAUGUAUGUUAUAUUGUGUCUGACAUGUAGUGACAUUUCUUUGGUCAUGUCUGUACCUAUUUCUAAACUCUUCG